AUGAAAAAUUAUAAUAACAAUACAGCACACUUGAAAGCAUUGCAAGCAGAGAUUUCAAAAAAGAAAUUCAUUAGGAGGUAUUUAUGUAAAAAGAUAGUUGAAGAUAGAAUUGAAGACCAAUAUAAUAAAAAAGAACAAGAACAAAAAGAGAUUGAACAAAAGUUAAAACUUGAGCAAGAACAAAAAGAGAUUGAAUUAAAAAAACAACAACAAUCACUUUUAACAGAGGAACAAAGAUUACAACAAGAACAACAAGAGAUGGAACAACGUCAAAAAACAAUUACUCUAAAAAGAGAAAAGUUACAAAAGAAAGUUAAUUCAUUAAAAGAUUUACAACAACAACAACAAUCAAAAAUUAUUGUUCAAAAAGAGAUACUUGAAACAUUAGAAUCAAAUAAAAAUACAUUAUUCCUUUUAUUAAAAACUGUUAUGGCCGAAGAAAGAAGACAAACCGAAAUUCAAAAAGCAUUAUUCUUAAAAAAGCAACAACAGCAACAACAACAAUUUUUAUAUCAACAACAACAGCAACAACAACAGCAACAACAGCAACAACAGCAACAACAACAACAACAACAACAUGACCAACAACAACAACAACAUGACCAACAACAAGACCAACAAAAACAACACGAUCAACAACAACAUCAAGAGCAACAACCACAACAACAACAAUUUAAUAAUAAUCCAAAUUUUAAUGGUAAUACUACUAAUAACAGCAAUCAAUUCAUGAAUGGUCAAAACAUACAAUUCAAUAAUAAUGAUAUUCAUCAAUCACAACCACAACCACAAUCACAACCACAACCACAACCACAACCACAACCACAACCACAACCACAACCACAACCACAACCACAACCACAACCACAACCACAACAACCACAACCACAACCACAACCACAACAACAACAACAAUUGCAAUUUUCAAGUAAUAAUAAUGGAACUUUUAAUAACAACAAUAAUUACAAUAAUGGUAGCUUUAAUAAUAAUAAUAAUAAUAAUAAUAAUAAUAAUAAUAAUAAUAGUGGCUUCAUUAACUCUAGUAAUGGUAAUAAUUUUAACAGCUAUAACAAUAAUAGUGGUAACAGCAACAACAACAACAACAAUAAUAAUAAUAACAACGUUAGUCAAUAUAGUAACGGGGUUAAUGGUAACAAUAAUAAUUAUAAUAAUGGCUUUAAUAACAACAUAAAUGGUAGUAUUGAUAAUAACAACAAUAAUAAUACUACUAAUAGUAAUAAUGUAUAUAAUUACCAAAAUAAAUCUUAUUCAGUAGAUGAUAGAUCAUCAUAUAAUCACAAACCAAAUUUUAUGCAACCAUCAUCACCAUCAAUGCAAGGUCAAUACUAUCCUUCUACAAAACCUAUCACUGGUAUGUCCCCAUUAUCACCUUUUUCAUCACCAGUUUCACCAUCGCAAACUUUAUUUAUAAAUAAUUCAAAUUCAAAUUCAAAUGUAAAUUCAUUUAAUAAUAACAAUAACAAUAAUAAUAGUUCGAAUAAUAGCAACAACAGCAAUAACAGUAAUAGAAUCUCACCCAAUUUAACAAGUAGUAACAUGUAUAGAAAUGACAAAGAUCAAUUUUAUAAUAGUAAUAACUCAAAUAAAGGAAAUUAUAAUAAUGCAAAUAAUAAUUCAAAUAACAAUAAUAAUAGAUUCUAUGAAAAAGAUAGAGAUCAAUACAAUAAUAACAAUAUCAAUAAUAAUAAUAAUAAUAAUAAUAAUAAUAGUAAUAAUAAUAAUAAUAAUAAUAAUAAUAAUAAUAAUAAUAAUAAUAAUAAUAAUAUUAAUAAUAAUAAUAACAAUAAUGGUAAUGGUUAUCAUUAUCAAAAUUAUAAUAAUAAUGAUAAUAGAGGUUAUAAUAAUAAUAGAAGGUCUGAUAAUGAUAAUAGUUAUGAAGAUGGAAGUAGUAAUAAUAAUAAUUAUAAUAACAAUAAUAGAGGGCAUCCAUAUAAAAAUAAUUAUCAUCACAAUAAUAAUCGUAGAAUAUAUAAUAAUAAUAACUGGAAAAGUCAAACAAAUUGA